UCAAGAGCCUCCACACCAGAUCCCAGCAGACUGACUGACUUCCUCCCCACACGGGGCUGGGCGGGGCCACCCGGAAGCGGCCUGCUGUAGCCGAGGUGACACAUCUCUGCCCCGCCAGCUCCAGCAGCAGCUGGGUCAGCAGGCAAAGGCGGUACAGGCCACCCUUCCCCAGGGCCUCAGAAUGGACCUGUGCCACCCAGACCCAGUGGAGCUGAGCAGUGGGGAGACAGAGGAGCUGCAGCGGAUCAAGUGGCACCGGAAGCAGCUUCUGGAAGACAUCCAGAAGCUGAAAGAUGAGAUCGCAGAUGUGUUUGCCCAGAUUGACUGCUUCGAGACCGCGGAGGAGAGCCGAUUAGCACAGAAGGAGAAGGAGCUAUGCAUCGGGCGUAAGAAGUUCAAUAUGGACCCCAUGAAGGGCAUCCAGUAUCUCACUGAGCACAAAUUGCUGACCCCCAACGUCCAGGACAUCGCCCAGUUCCUGUACAAGGGGGAGGGCCUCAACAAGACGGCCAUUGGCACCUACCUGGGGGAGAGGGAUCCCUUCAACCUGCAGGUCCUCCACGCCUUCGUGGACUGCCACGAAUUUGCCAACCUCAACCUCGUGCAGGCCCUCAGACAGUUCCUGUGGAGUUUCCGGCUGCCAGGCGAGGCCCAGAAGAUCGACCGGAUGAUGGAGACGUUUGCCAUCCGAUACUGCCUCUGCAACCCAGGCGUCUUCCAGUCCACAGACACCUGCUACGUCCUGUCCUUCUCCAUCAUCAUGCUCAACACCAGCCUCCACAACCCCAAUGUCCGGGACAGGCCGCCCUUCGAGCGCUUUGUGUCCAUGAACCGCGGUAUCAAUGGCGGCGGUGACCUGCCUGAGGAGCAGCUGCGGAACCUCUUCGACAGUAUCAAGAGCGAACCCUUCUCCAUCCCGGAGGAUGACGGCAAUGACCUCACUCAUACCUUCUUCAACCCUGACCGCGAGGGCUGGCUGCUCAAACUGGGGGGCCGCGUGAAGACGUGGAAACGCCGCUGGUUCAUCCUGACCGACAACUGUCUCUACUACUUCGAAUUCACCACUGACAAGGAGCCACGGGGAAUCAUACCUCUGGAGAACCUCUCCGUGCAGAAGGUGGACGACCCCAAGAAGCCAUUCUGCCUGGAGCUGUACAACCCCAGCUGCCGGGGCCAGAAGAUCAAGGCAUGUAAGACGGACGGCGAGGGCAAGGUGGUGGAGGGCAAGCACGAGUCUUAUCGCAUCUCUGCGUCCAGCGCCGACGAGCGCGACCAGUGGAUUGAGGCCAUCCGAGCCAGCAUCACCCGCGUCCCCUUCUAUGACCUGGUCUCUGCUCGGAAGAAGAAGAUUGCCAACAAGCACUGAGCUUCCUGGGAGGUGGUGCCGGGGGGGUCCAGGCGUCACGGGGACCCCAUGACCUGAGGUACCUGGAGACUUACGUCCCACCCCAGGGCACCCUUUUCUGGCCCAUAGACAUUGCCCCCGCCCCCAUGACUUUGAGCUACCAGGAGUGGGGGGGCAGGGCUCAGGAGGGUGGGUGGGAAGCCUCACGGGCUCAGAGGUGGCACUUAGGGCCCCUGGCCCUCGGCACCCGGCCACGGCCAGGAAAGGCCCCCGCCCCCUGCCCCCACGUCACUGCAGCAAGGAGCGAGGAAAGCAGCCCCAGAACCCAGCACCCUGUCCUCCCUUUGGGCCUCGGUCUCCUCUUCGGUGAAACAUCUGGACUCUGAAAUGCUGUCGGCCCUCGAGGGUGGAGGAGCGUGCGGGUCCUGAGUGCUUCCCGCCCUUGGCCGUGGUCAUGCCUCCUCCUUCUGCUCAGGGGGCUCUCAGCCAGCUCCUCCCCGGUCUUCGGCCGGGGCUUGGCCGUCCCUGCCUGAGGGACCCACACACACAGCCCAGACCCACAGAC